ACAUGUCAAUCUGUUUGACUUGCCCUAAGCCAUCCGCGCACUCUCAUUUACCAGAGCUCAUCAUGAGCAGUGAAGACAAGCAAACCGCUCUAAUAUUUAUUAUGAAGACGAAGAGUCGAUCAAGAGCAGUGGAUUGGAUUUGGAGAUUAUGGCGUACGUUGGGAGGUACUAUCCCUGAAUCAAUCGAGAUCCGAUGUCCUGUCCUCGAAGCUCGGGUGAACUUUCCUAUUCCUGCCGUUGACCCAGUAUCAGGAGUGGAAGGCUAUAGAAUAUUCACUCGGGAUAAUGUGAUCCAGAACUGUCGCGAACAGAUGAGUGGUAUCCCUGAAUGGGACCUCCUUAUCGAAUCAAUAUUGCGACAAGGCAGUGGUAAGGAGCCCGCAAGAUUGGAAUUGUGCUGGAGAACGGAUAGCAAACUGGAUUGGGCAUGGCUUCAAGAAGAUGUGAAUGGACUCAGUCGACCGUGGUCUGUUCUCUUUGGUUUGGCCAUAAACAAC